UCUUCUUCAAGCGCUGUUUCGAAUUAUUCCCAACUGAAGCGACGGGCGUUCCCAUUAGGGUUUCUCGAGGGUGGGAAUCUAAAAAAAUCAUGUACGGAGGCGAGUUUGACGGUAACGCCGCAUUCGCCGGUGGCGGUUUCAUGCCUUCUCAGUCAACCACGCAAGCGCCUGAGUCCUCAUCUGCUUUCAGGAAUCGGGAUGCGCGUACGUUGCUUCCCCUGACGUUGAAGCAAUUGAAUAGUGUUUCAACCAGCGGUGAAUCGAAUUUCUCCAUAGACGGCGUUGACAUCAACACUGUUGCAAUUGUCGGACGAGUUUCUAGAAUUGAGAACCGAAUCACACAGGUUGAUUUUGUUGUAGAUGAUGGUACUGGCUGCGUUGAAUGCAUCAGAUGGUGUCAUGAACGCCAAGAAACUGAAGAAAUGGAAGCUGUCAGGUUGGGAAUGUAUGUUCGCCUACAUGGACACCUGAAAAGCUUUCAGGGGAAGCGAUCUAUGAAUGUUUUCUCAGUCAGGCCUGUCACUGACUUCAACGAGGUUGUACACCACUUUACCGAGUGUAUCUAUGUCCACAUGUACAACACUAAGCCACGGGGUGGUUCUGUUACUCAGGCUACGGAAACUCCUAGGCCCCAAAUGCCAUACUCAACGACGCCAACCCCUGCAAGGCCAUUCCAAACCGGUCCCUCGAACCAGUUCAAUGAUCCAAUGCAUGGCGUAAGGCAGACAGUCUUAAAUUACCUGAAUCGUCCUAUGCACCUGAGAUCUGAAGCUGGAGUUCACUGCGAUGUGAUUGCACGCGACCUCGGGAUUCCGCUGCCUCAAGUCAAGGACGCGUUGGAACAGCUCUCGAACGAUGGCUGCGUUUACUCUACUAGCGAUGAGACUUGCUUCAAAUCAACCGCAAACGCAUGAUCAAAAUGGAUUUAUCUACAGACCAAUCUUUUUUAAGUACGGAAAAAGCCUUUGUAUAGGCCCUAUGGUACGACAACUUAUGGCUUUAAGACUACAUCUAUCUAAUAGCUUUUGGAUUUGUUAAAAUAAACUCAAAGGUUCAAUCAAAUCUUUCCGUCAUAUAAUA